AGACUGUUUGAUUUUGAUAGCCCAUUUAAGGUUAUGUAAUUUGAGACGUUUUGUUUUGUUAAAAUUUCACCAAGCAAAUACUGAGAGAAUAAAAUCAUGGUCAGAUAUUGAAAUGUAGCAGUUUUAUAAUAUCAAUCGAUGAACUGGUAACAUAUUCAUAUACCUUGUUAUAUGGAAGAGCCAAUAAUAGAAACUAAAUGCGACGUUUCUGACGCUGUGCAUCCUAGAUUCGCAAGUAAACAGAAUCCUGAGGAGAUUAAUAAAUUUCAAAUUGAGAACGAUUAUUUCUGCAUCCAGUGCAACUUAUUUUUUUCGCCUACAGUGGAAGGUCUGAGGAUUCAUUUUGACGGAAUUAUUGUUCGGCACACACCAUUUGGGUCCUGUUUUUACUGCAAUGGAAACGUUUAUGAAUACAGAUUCAAAAAUAACAGGGAGUUUUACCACGACUGCCCAAAGCCCCACUAAAUAUGUUUAUGUAUGAUUCCUUGAUGGUAUGUAACUUGUUAUGUUUAAAGACAAAUGUAAAUACUUGUUGAACAUUAAAAGGUAACUAUAUUUUACCUUAAAUUUAUUAUUACAUAAGAUAACAUUGUGAUAUAUACAAUACCAAAAUGAAAUUACCACUCUUCAAGAAUCCCGAACUUCAAUUUUCUGCAAUAACCUUUUUUGCUAAGCAACACCAAGGUGAGACUUGUGGGUCUAACGGACUUCCCUUAACACCUAACUCGAUUAUAAUUUUUGGUAAAGCUCAACUAUUGAAAACAAUCACGCACCCUUAUUUGUGUGAGUAUUUGGACAUUGUUCGUGGAAAGCAUGAAAGAACAAUUGUUGUUUCUCAGUUUUGUGGUAAACCUUUGUCUGAUAUUCUGGGAAAUGAAACCCUUUCCUUUCAUCAUGUGAAGAAGAUAGCCUUCCAACUUUUCACUGCGUUAAAUGUCCUUCAUAAAAAGAAGAUUGUCCAUAGGAAUUUGAGUUUGGGAAGUAUUUUAAUGCAGAACUCUGGUGAUAUAAAAUUGUUCAAUUACGGACUAUAUUACAUGACGAAUAACGGAGAGUUGGUGUCAUUUCCAAUAAUGAAGUUGUCGUAUUCUGCUCCAGAAGUAUAUUUGACGCCGAAAAAGCACGAUAUACCCACAUUCAAAGUGGAUAUUUGGUCUGUUGGAAUCGUUUUGGUAGAACUCUUACUGAACAAACAAAUUUGGUGUUCUCUGAAGCUUGGGCAGAAAAUAAGGAAAAUUUUGAGUUUCUACCAAUGCGGAACAUCGAUUUUUGAAAAGAUAGCAAGGGAGCACAACUGCUUCGAAGUGUACCAAAAUGUACCUGAGGAAUUGAGGAAUAUAGUUGAGAAAUGUUUGCAAAUACACCCCCAGAACAGACCUACCUGCGAAGAGUUUCUUUCUCUCAAUAUUUUCUCAGAAUUCAAGAACGUCAAGGUGAUAAACUCAAGUAGGGUUUGCGAACCUUUCCAAGCUUUUACAUUGAGGGAGUUAUACCAUUGGUGGAAAUUAGCAGGUGGGGAUGUAACUCUAGAGCUGAAAAAACAAGGACUCAUUCGUUCGACUCCCCCGAUUUUAUCUCUACCCUUAUUGGUUACUCUGGACGGAACAAUAAUGGGGCAAGGUAGGAACCCAGCCACCUUAUACGACUCCAGGAUUGUCCAUAUGAGCCUCGAUACUCUGUACCAACGUUUCGAACACAUUCCUUUCAACGCUUGCUAUCCUUUACUACACACCAAAUCUGAUAUUAUUUCCUCAUUUGAUCCAGUUCCGUAUGAUACCAAAGCUUUACCACUGGUAAUCAAGGAAAAAGACCCAGAAUAUCAAUUCCAUAGGAUAAUUUUAUUCAGACGCUUGCUGCACGGGUAUCCAUUCACUAAAGAGAUCAUCCGAGAAGAAGCUAAAAAAGAUAUACCACCCCUUUUAAGGGGCGAAAUUUGGGCUGCUCUCCUUGGCAUCCAAGCAGAUUAUGAGAAGAACUAUGCAGUGAUUGACAAAGAAACUGUCACAGCGACUGAUAGACAGAUUGAGGUUGAUAUUCCUCGUUGUCAUCAAUAUAAUGAGCUGUUGUCUUCGACGGAAGGUCAUAUUAAGUUGAGGAGGAUUUUGAAGGCUUGGGUUCAGAAAAAUACCCAGUAUGUGUAUUGGCAGGGUUUGGACUCUCUCACGGCUCCUUUCUUGUACCUCAAUUUCAAUGAUGAAGCUAAGGCUUAUGCCUGUUUAUCGGCGUUUGUACCCAAAUACGUCCAUAAGUUUUUCUUGAAGGAUAAUUCUGUGGUUAUCAGGGAAUAUCUUGCUAAAUUCUCUCAGCUUAUAGCGUUUCACGAUCCGGAAUUGGCGAAUCAUCUUUACGACAUCAAUUUUUAUCCUGAACUUUUCGCGAUACCUUGGUUCCUCACGGUUUUUUCGCACGUAUUUCCCCUGUAUAAAAUCCUACACGUUUGGGAUAACCUACUUUUGGGGGAUUCGUCGUUUCCACUCCACAUAGGACUGUCCGUUUUAACGCAGUUGAGGGCUAAACUGUUAACGGCCGGUUUUAACGAUUGCAUCCUGCUUUUUUCCGACUUGCCCGAAGUCGAUAUCGAGAAAAGUAUCAAUUAUUCCAUUGAUACCUUCAGAAAAACUCCGAAAAGUAUAACGUCUAGAGAGCACCAGAACGAGAAUUUCUGUGACAAGACUGAAUACGAUAUAUCUGGUGUUACUUUGGAGGACUUGAACAGGGAGAGAUGUCCAAGGAUAAGCGCUGCUGAUACCGUUGAACUGUUGAGAAACUCGCCAGAUAGAAUUUUAAUAGUGGACAUAAGGAACCCUGUUCAAUUCUCCAGGUGCUCGGUGAAGAACAGCAUCAACAUACCCUUCUCCAGUGUUACUUUUGGAGAAAAUAACAUCGAUGGCAUCGGAAGCCACGCUCAAACUUUGAGAAGUAGCGGCGAUAAGAACGUAGUCAUUGUGGGUUCUGCUGAAACUGAUCUAGAGCUCUUUCCUAAAUUCUUGUUGAAUUGCUGCAUAAGCCACGUUUGCGUCUUGCAUGGAGGUUUCGAUAUUUUGGCUUCCGUAACGCCAACAGUUUUGAUUUCGACCAAGUUUGAAUCUUGAAACCCAUUACGUGCAUCUAUUCCCUCGUUUACAUUUAAGGAUAUUUGAAAAUCGAUGUUAUUAUUUUUAUAUUAUAUUGAAUAUUGUGAACUCUCGAAUUUUAGAUGUAAGAUAAAUUUUGUAUUAUUGAAUUGAAGAUGUAUUGGAUUAUUUUUGUUAUCUCAGGCUAUGAAAUAUCGUGUACGAUUAUUUAUUUAUUAUUAUACUGAAUGCAUUGUUGUUGCCAAUAAAAUUUCUAACAAAUAGAA